AUGCAGACUUCUCCGAUGCCGACCCUACUUGGCACCGGUCUGUCGUGGCAAAGAACACGAGCAGCCUGGGCGGUGUCAGCAGUUGCACCAGGAGCACAGCAGAGGAGCCUUCGGCGGGCUGCCAUGAAGCAGGGCCUCGGCUCAUGGGCGCUGGCAGGUGGGACCUUGCUACUGUGCUCCCGUCUGCGUGGUCACGGCUGGAGCCGCAGUCGUCGGGAAGCGGUGAUUGAGAACGACGAGCACGUGAUAGCGAUUCGACGCUGGCUGGACGAUGUUAUCAUUGGCUAUAACUUUUGCCCCUAUGCUCGCCCGACGGAUGAGGCGCAGCAGGUCCGCAUUGUCACUAGCUCCUCCAUCUCCCCGGAGGGAGUGUUAGAGGACUUGUCAAUGGAAGCGGUUCGACUUCCAACUGUGGCUCAAAAGGAGAUCGAUCCUGGCCAGCCAGCAACUACCCUGCUGGUUUGCCCACAUGUGCCGGAAUGGGAGUCCUUUGACGACUUCCGAGCCUUCUACGACACAGAGCUGUCAAAUGGCUACAUCUUUGCAGAACAGGACCUCUACAUUGUGUACUUCCAUCCCUCCUACGGACGUGGUGCGGAGACCCUCGAGAAAGGCGACGUGAUCGACUUUGGGGGAGAUGCCGCGACCGUUUUGGACACGGCGGCCGGCUUUGGGGCGAGCGGGCAGCCUUUGGCGAAGGUAAGACUGGGGAGCGGCGAGGAGUCUUUCAUCGAACUGCCUACACCACCGGACCACACCGAGCAAGUGGUUUCCUCGGCGCCGCGACCGGCGUUGCACCUGCGCCUCGGUCAUCGAGAGCUUCAGGGAUGGAAUGAUGCGAUAUGUAUAACAGGGUUCCUGUAG